GUAAUGAGGCUGAUGCGAGUGAUGUUGCAGAAUAUGCCGAGGGAUCGGAUAGUGCACCUUCAGAAUAUAGCCACUCUCGCGAGAUAUUAGACAGGUGAGCGCGUUCCCAGGGGAACAAAGGCCCCAUUACCCUGUCUUACCACCUCGACCCGGGCGGACGUCCCGACAGACCCUCCGCUGUUGAAACAUUCAUAAGAGCGUUGUAAGUGGUUUUUAAUAAACGUAUUUAAUCAUGAGUGUCGGAUUACGAAUUAAAUCGGUGGGUCCUGUCACCAAUCGGAGGGAUUAGUCAUGAAUCUAAACAGAUGUACAACCCGCUUUUUUGCAGCAGACAAGCGGAUUAUUACAAUAGCGUGUCGCCUUCUCUUCAGUCACAGUCAUCUCCGCGUUUCAGCGACAACUCCCGUGGCACGACUAGAAUGGCGCUAGAAAAUUUAUCGGGACGCGGUGAAAAAUCCACAUUACGAAUUUACGAAAUAAUACAUCUCUUCGAAAUCUUUUUCGUUAUUUGCACAGUAUCGGCGCAGGAAUGCUUCGACGACGGCAACGAGUUUUGUAUCAAUCAAAACGACAUACUUUCCGCGGAUCUUUUACCUGGAUCGUUUUUGUUUAGCGAUCAAUAUAAAAACCCCAAUGUCCCUAAGCUAGUGAUAAACGAAACUGUGGAUGGGUCUUUUGAUACAGCGUUAAACGAGAUGGAGUUUCAUAGGAAAAGAAUGAAUGAAUAUCUUUGUCACGGCUACAUGGCGGAAGAAAUUUUUAAGGAAGUGACCACGCCUAGAGUGAAGCGACAUCCCGAAACUUCGCCAACCAACGAUUUGCAUCACAACUUCUUAAGCGACGACAACGUUACGAUACACGAUAAACUUUUGGCGGAUGAGGGAAGCUCGAAAUAUAAAAACUGGCUGCAACGAACGACGACAUUGAACGACGUGUAUAGACACUACGCACCCCACAAAAAAAUAAGAAAGAAACAAGACGUUGUCCAGCACGACGAUAUUGAGGAGUUCGAUGGCGAGGUGACGGGAUACGCGAUGCAAGCUCCUCUGCCAUCGAAUGGAAAAGUGGGCGUUUAUGAACCAUCUCACGAAGAUGACAUGCUGUCAUCAUCGACGGGACAUCAUUUCCAUUACACACCUUCGUUUGCUAAUCACCACGCUGAUUUCUUUCCAUCUAUCCACGAAGAAUACUAUUAUCCGCCGCAUCAUCAAGAUCAUCAUGAAGAGGAGCAUAAACCCUCUUAUUCCAAAGGAAAGGGCCAUGAUCUCUCAAUCAAGGACUUCUUCGAAAUCGCGCUCACCGCGCUUGCAUUCUUGGCAUUCGGACUAUUCAUCAUUCAGCUUCUGCUGAAUUGCACGGACAAUAGUGGCAGCAGGCGAAUCAGGAGACACGCGAUUUCUCUUUCCUCGUCUAUCAUUAGCAAGGAGGACUUGAACGAGCUAUCUUAUCGCGUUUUGAGAUCUAUCGAAGCGGCCAUGGUCGCCGAAGCAGACUCUGGUAAUUGUCUACGUAGGACAUUGUGUGAAGAUAAUCAAUACUCCAAGGAAACUAAAGAUGAUCGCAGAAUUUGGAUUCCCGUUUGGAGCUUGGGCAUGAGUUGGCUGUCGGGCAGGAUGCUGCACAAGACUCCAUGGUCGGCAAUGUUGGAUUCUGUGAAAGCGUCAGUUCUGGGCUUGGGUGGGAUCGACUGCGCGUCUCUCUACCCGGAGUGCGAUCUCGAGGGCGAGAGGAUUAAGAGGCGUCGCAGAAAAAGGAGAUAAACAAUGUUUUUUUUUUUUAAAAGAUUCAAAGUAAAAUGAAUUAAACACAAAGAUGAUUAAUAAAGAAAUCU